AAGAAGUAGAGAGAGAAAGAGAGAGGGAGCGAGGAGAAAAUGAUUGGAAUGAUGAUGAAGAAGCAGUCAUCGCAUUGGUGGUGGUUUGACAAUCAGAACACCUCAACACGCUCUCCAUGGCUUCAGUCCACUCUUGCUGACCUAGACCACAAGACGGAGGCCAUGCUAAAACUGAUCGAGGCCGAUGCGGAUUCAUUUGCUCAACGUGCAGAAAUGUAUUACAAGAAGCGACCAGAGCUGAUUAGCAUGGUUGAAGAGUUUUAUCGAGCUCAUCGCUCGUUGGCUGAGAGAUAUGAUCAAGUCAAGUCCGAAUCUGGGACUCGUGUAUUGACAACAUUAAGGUCCCCAUUCUCUUCAACCAAAUAUCAAUCAGAGAAGUCGACGAGUGGGAUGAGUAAUCAGACCUAUGAUAGCUGCUCCGAGACUUGUGACACUGAGGAAUCGGCUGAAUCUGAAGUUGAUGAUCCUGAGGAGGAAGAUGAUGAGGAAUACGGCACGCCGGUUCAUGAGAAUCUGAAAGAAGAGGAAAUUUCAAGUGGGGUCGGUUAUGAGGAACUGAGAAAGUUGAAGGAAGAAAUCGAGAGACUUGAGGAAGAGAAGAGAGUCCAAAGGGAGCAGCUAAAGCAGAAGGAUGAAGAAAAGAGAGAGGCAAUAAGGCAGCUAAGUAUGGCAGUGGACAUGCUCAAGGAAGAGAAUGUGAAGCUGAGAAAGUCUCUUGCAAAAGACUCCCCAAAAAGGCAAAAGAGUCCCUUUGAGUUGAACAAAUUAAAGGAGGGACUUUUUGGGAAGUUUUUUAGUGGCUCUCAAAAGUAUCCCGUUGUUGCUCUUUAGACUAACUAGUACGCAGUUUUUUUUUUUUUUUUAAACCAGUCUGCCGUUAGCUUAAUAUGUAGAACACACAAUCUAUAGAAAUGUCGAUAUAUAGUCUAUACUACCUAGGGGAUUCGCUCCUUAACUCUAGUUAGAAAGUUAAAAAGCAAGUGUUUUCCUUUUUGUAGUUUUCCAUCACUGUCGAUAUUUCUCCUGGUUUAUUCACAUAUUAUGUAAUUCAAUUAUUGUUUGAUUA